CCUUCCCCGCCCUCAUCCAGCACCAUGUCUGCAUAGAGCCCUCCCCCACCACGCCUUUUUCCCUUGUCCCUGCAUCCUUGCCGAGUCUCUGAAAGACCGCUUGGCACCAGUUCCUUGAACUAUGGUCAACAAAUCCGCCCACAAAUCCAACAACGGCACCAUACUCUUUGAGCCUUUCAUCGUAUACCGUAUACACCGCUGAACUAUCACCUCCAUCCAUAUUGUCUACCCCUGUUCAGCUCGCUCGCUCGCAACCCAAUCCUCAUCUACAGCAUAUCUCUCCACCCCCGCGUCUUUCCUUCAUGCCAGCACAACCUUCUGACCUCCUCUCUCUGGCUCGGUUUAAACUCCACCUCGCCAUUGGCGGCAAGGACAACUGCAAUUUGCACCGCUGGGUGCUUCUCAAAAAUUCUCUUGUCCAUCCCCAAUCUGAGGUGGUGCACCCAGCCGUAUCCAACCCCUCUCGCGCGCCGCCUGUGUGCCAUGCGCACCACUACAAUGGCGAUAGUGACGAAGACGACGAGGUGGACUCAUUCAUGUUUCCCGAUGCCUCCGAAAUAGCCCUGCGUAACUCUUCUGACGCCGAGUCCGAGUGGCUCGAUUCUCUCUUGGAAGAGCUCGAGGAUCCCGACGACGGCGACGUCCGUGUCUCAGUGGUGCCCGCCGAAGACGACGAGGACCACCAUCUUAGCCCCCUCAUAUCACCCAUGUCCUCUUCAGACGACCUCCUUAACCAUGAUGAAUACUUCCCUCCCCCAAUUGCUGUCCCCUACCCUGUACCAUAUCCACCCCUGCAUCACCCCCUCUCUGACUCGUAUGACCUCGGCCCCAUCGCCUCACCACCCCACAUUUCCCCUCCCGCUUAUGACGCCCUCCCAUACUAUGAUUCAGAUGACUUAGACGACCUCUCCGUGCCUGAGGCCAUAGAGGAUACAUCCGAUGACGAGUCGGAUGCCCCGUCGACCCCGUCGUUAGGUCGGUCGUCAUCCCUUGAGUUUCCAGAUUCUGCAUCCGUUCGCAUGCUAGACGGUAGACAGCAGCCUCAUGUUUAUAUUCGCACACCGGACUCAUACAUUGGCCGCCUUGAUAUUGACCCCCUUCCUUUCCCUGACGAAGAUCAUUUCACUUAUAAUGGUAUCUACCAACAAUGCUAG